AACUCGAGCAGAAGAGCAUACGACAUCUACACGUUUAGAACGUCGCCGGUAGAACUUCUUGGGUUUUCGCCUUGAUUCCUGGAAUUUCCGACGAAAUGUCGCUCUUUGGUACCGUCCAGGCUCCGCCUAGUGAACAGGUCCAGAAAGCCAGAGUCCGCGUCGCGGAAAUGCUUCAAGAAUUAGACAGAUAUAACCCACAGAGCAUUCCUUUUCUGGAGAACUAUGUCGACCUGCAAUGCAAGGCCAACUUCUACGACCAGGAAGCUAAUCUAGCGGUUCUAAAAUUGUAUCAGUUCAAUCCCGGAUCCGUCCGGACCGAGGUCAUCGCUCAAAUCCUCCUGAAAGCAUUGACAAACUUGCCGCACACGGACUUCGUGCUGUGCAAGUGUCUGAUCGAUCUCUCCCAUUUUGGAGAUCGAACUCUUGAAACAAUCAUGCAGCUACACAGCGAUCUGGAGCAGUGUGAAUUUCAAAAAGUUUGGACGUCGCUGUCGAGCGACUUGCGAGAAGUCGAAGGAGUUCUCGGUUUUGAAGAUUCCAUCAGAAACUACAUAGGAAUCGUCGUCAACAAAACCUACCAGCGCAUCGACAAGCGGAUGCUCUGUGAAUUCCUCAACGUCAAAGAGAAAGACCUCAAGCCUUGGAUGGAUCGUUUCUCAUGGAAGGCUCAAGGCGUGAACGACAUCUUCAUCGCUAAUCAUGAAGAGAGCAUCAAAACAAAGUCCAUUCUGGAAAAAAUCACCUUUGAAAGUGUAGAACAGAUAAUGGCUAACAGUCAAGCGAAGUGAAUCGGUGGGAAAUAAAUCUUCUGGAGCUUCACAUUCAAUCA